AUGAGCAACCAACCAUGGCUGGACAGUCUGUCAGACGACUGGCCAUCGGCUCCUACCACUCCUACCACUCCUGCUCCAUCCAAUCCGGCCGUCAAUCUAUUAUCCUCAAAGCACAAUAGUGUACAGAAUUCCCCUAGUCGCAUUCCUGUACCUGCACGCCGAUCUGUGGAACAAUCCCCAGCCGACGACAAGAAAAAGGUUACCCGACCAUGUCAUUUCCAUAGGAAGGAACCUCCCACUCCGAAGACCCCGCGGACCCCCAAAACACCCUCAAAAUUGCGAUCCCCAACCCCGUCCAAGACAAGAACACGGACCCCGAGGAGCCCCAAAGCCGUCACUCCGAAAUCUGCGUCCAAGGUCAGCGCGAAGCCGACCCCAGGUGCGGCCCGAAAGCAAGCCCCGACAAAGCAAGCCCCGACCAUGGAUACGCGCUCCCCACUACGCUCCGUGUCCAACGUUUCCCGCCAGUCCGACUACGAGGUCGCCGAUACCGUUCAGAUCAAGCCAAAGAAGGGCGAGGAGGGCGGGGGUACUCCAGAAUGGCGGAAGCGACUGGUGCGCGGAGAGAUCCCCGUGGGAGAUCAACGCGACCUGUUUGCGCCGAUUGGCCUGGAGAGUGUAUUCAAGCCCCCCUCGCCAGGUUCGGGAGCUGGUCAAUCGGACUCCAUUCCGUUUGCCCGACAGGAUGACCAGCUCUGGGACUUUACCGAUAACACCUCCUCGCGGGAAACUACGACGAGACAGGGGGAGGAAGAUUAUGCUGAACGCGUCGGUGAAGGUGAUUAUUCGGGUACUGGCAUAGAGUCACCGUUUGGCACAGUCAAUCAUCGGGCACCUUGGGCCGACAAGCGACUAGCGAGCAAUCAUCAUGCAGACCAGUCAGGCUUGUCACAUGGCUACACAGAGACCCGGACUGCUAGUGGGCUAGAGGAUCUUCGCAAUGAGGGAAUCACCCCAAUAACUUUUACGCGAACCAAUACACUAGAAGGGACCGCCACAACUGAGGUGAUCAAAUCGGCUUUGAAGCAAGUCACUAAUAAGCUAGAGAGCCUGUCUAUCAACAGCAGUCGCCCAGAUUCACCAGCUAGUGAUAGCUUCCUAUUUUAUAAUCAUAGUGAACCAAGGGCUGAAGGUUCGCCCCACGAUGACAGUUUAUUGGAUGUAACCAGUCACUCCUUGCCUCAAGACUUGUCAAUGGGAACUUUGGACUUCAGUCGCCGCAAAGUUCACCGUCCUUUCCACCAAUUCUCCCCCUCGCCCUUUCCCUCUCACCAUUUAUCCCCCGCCACCCUCGCAAACGUCAAAACUCGCAGUUCUCCUCUCUUCAAUCGAUCCCCAAACAACGGAUCUCCUACACUACCUCGACCCUCAUCCUCUCACGUUCGACCUUCAACCUCGGAUGAUAAUACAUCAAAACAAGAAACAAUGCCCUCCUCAGGGAGCCCUUUAAAAUUGUUUGGCGAGCAUGACACCUUCACAAAUAAUAGACUGUUACGACGAAUGAGUCAAUUCGAGGAAACAUUCGGUGACAAUUACAAUUCAGGAUCGGAGGGAGAUGAGCCGCCAUCACCAUCAGAAGAAGCACGAAAGAAGGGAGAAAGUCGCAGCUUGCUCAAUGUUCGUCAUGAGCCCUUGAGCGAAAUCUCCCCCCGUCGAAAUGAGCGCGGGCCCUCUCGGAAUAUGAUAAACCCUCGCCUUUCUCGAUUUGGUGACGGUGAACUUGAUAAAUUUGAUUUCUCAGACACUAGCCCCUACGAGCCUAACAUUGCUUAUGGCGAAGUACAAGAAUCUGGGUCUCGUCCUACAUCUCGAAGAAUUUCGUCAAAUCGUCAGAAAUACCUUCAUCGGGGCUCACAGACGGGCUCCUUGCAAUACACCAGAUCAUCAAGCUCUAGCUUUACCCGCAAACCAUCCGCCUGGACGCGCCAAAGCUACUUUGAAAAUGCACCUGAUGCGGAAUCCGGACGCGCAAACAAGGAAAACGUCGCGCCGUCUGAGACUAAGAGAGUCCCCAAAGCGGCGGCCAUGGAUCCAAUUCCAAAGCGCCGACGAACUAUUCUGCGCGAUGAUAAAGCCGCGCCGGGCCAUCCUCACCCAAAUGGAGGCUCAGCAAAGUUUGGCGAGAGUAUGUCAUUACUACAGAGAAGCUUGAUGCAACAUGGCAUGCAGCUCGAGAAUGGAGAGUACCUCGCACCCCCUGGCCUGUCACAGUCCAUGCAACGGCCUAGAACGCCGACUCCCAGUCAAAUCCGGUCCAUGCGGGAGUCAACUGUGGUGCCCAGCAGGGAGUACUCGGAGUCAAAUUUCGAUAACCUUGAUUAUUCAGAUUCAUUCUCCAUUGAGGGUGAUAUCCCCUUGGUUAAGAUUACCGGAGCAAGCGACUCAUCGCGCAAGGGCUCUAUAACGACCCAGGACUACUUGAAUGAGGCAACAAAGAUCAUGGAUCUGAUCCGAGCCAAAGGGCGUCCAGUGCCUGGUUUGACGAGUGUCCAGGAGUCUGACGGGGACAGUGAAGAUGAGGAUGGAAGCUAUGAUGAUGAAUCGACCAGGGAAGCGUUUUCUCGCCCACCAAGUCGUGAUGGCACGAACACAGAUUUCCGCAAGAUCCGAGAGCCCAAGGAGCUUAAUGCCCAAGUUCUCAACUACUUGAAGCAAUAUCAAGAAAAAGAAGAUGGAGAUUUUGGGAACAGUGGGUCUGUCAUGUCUUUCAAACAGGAAGGAGAAUCUAGACCGGGUAGCUCCCGACGUCUGGCUUCAGGCACAAGGAAACGCAAGACAAGCAGCAAUUAUGAUGAUGUGGCGGACACUAUCGCCCAAGACUUGAUGACCAUCAAUACUCAAAUGUCCGGCUUCAGCAUGCACUCUGUACACACAGGCUCUUCGCAAAAUUCGCAAGCGAAAGGUGUACUUUCAUCUGAUCUGGUCGCUCAUCUAAUCCCAGAACAAGUCAAUGGUUUUACCUACGACAAAUCCAGAAAUCUAUGGAUCAAGGAUAUUGCUGAAAUACCAGCUCCGCAAGUACCUCAGGAAGAUGACAACGAUAACAAGGACCCGUUCCAAGAUAUUCCCGACUUGAGUGUGGAUGAGUUGCAGGAAAUGAUGCGAGUUCAUGGCCUUGACUCUCCGUCUAAGCGUGUGUCAGCGGUGGAAUCUCGCCCCCGUGUUGGAGGAACCUCACCAAAGAAGGGUGAUGUCAGACCGCAUACAAGAGAUGGGGAUCCCUCAGUGAAUGCAAGCUCUGUUCAAUCCAGACUCACUCGCUUCACGUCAAGUGUUCCAAACUCCGGGACUCGAGCAACCUCAUGGGGCACCGAUGAAAUGCAACACAGGAACGAGUCCAGGGACAAUAAUGUCAAAAAGCCGGAUAGCAUAGACCCUGAGCCACAAAACAAGCAGACCCGGGUUCCAACAAUCUCUUUCUCGUCGCCUGUCGUUUCACAGGUCGCAUACACAGACGAGGAGGAGGCUUCUAAGCUCAAUACUGCAGCCCGAGAGUCAGCACCCACCGACGAAGAGAAACAAAAUGACAAUCCCCGCCCAUCUCAUCCGCCUGCCCGGCGCGAAGUCUCUGUUGGAGGUCAGCCAUUUAUUAGACGUCCAGUUUCAAGAAUCGAAGAGCGAAAUGAAGAAGGAACCGAGGAUCUUAGCCUUGUUCAUAGAGAUGGUUCUCUGGAUGUUGAGCAAACACCAGGCAGUCAUGCUGUGGAAAACUCCCUGGUUCCCAUUCACUCAGGUGACCAUGACACUAGUUACAGCUUCCACAUGAGUCCGCUAGCUGAGUUUUCAGUCAACCAGCCGGAUCACCACAUGAAUCUGGAAAUGAGUUAUGUGGCAGAUCGCACUCAUCCGACAUCCUUAAGACAUGUUCAUGGCACAUUCGCCCUUGCCACACAAGACUUGAUCAAGCAUAUCACCGACGCCGAACCCCACGAACUAUACUGGGAACAUGUACGUCGCUUAGUAUUGCGUCAAAAGGGGUUGAUCACUCUACACAAGCUAAGUGAUUUCUGCCCUCGUCUCGAGGAUCUCGAUGUCUCCGACAAUGACAUUGGACAAUUGAGUGGUGUUCCAACAACCCUCCGGACCCUCAAAAUUCCCAGGAACUCACUUUCCAACCUCACGCCAUGGGGCCACCUGACCAAUCUGCAAUAUCUGGAUAUUUCUGGAAACGACAUUGAGACCCUGGACGGAUUCUCAGGCUUAAUUCACCUUCGAGAACUGAAAGCGAAUGACAAUCAAAUCCGGAACAUUGAUGGCAUUCAUGACUUGAAUGGCUUGCUGAGUCUAAAGCUGAGCAACAAUUCGUUGACAACUGUGGACUUUCAAGGCUCGGAACUAACUCGACUUCGCGAUCUUGAUUUGAGUCAUAAUUGUUUGACAUCUGUACGAAAUGUCGAGUGGCUGCCGUCUCUGGCCACUCUUGAUCUCAGUGCCAACGAAAUUACUCUGUUGGAAGCAUCGUCCUCCCUUAUAAGCCUACGGGCACUGAGAAUCUCAGCAAACCGCCUGAGUGUUUUGGACAUGAAGAACUUUUCUUCUUUGAGCCUCUUGUACGCCGAUCAUAAUGGCUUGUCGACCAUCAGCGGACUAGAAAACUGCCACAACCUGGAAGUACUUUCUGUGCGUGAGCAGACCCAGAUGGGAGAUGGUGGCUCUGGUAUCAUCUUGGACCUCGACCUGGGAUCGGCCAAGGACAUCCGGAAGGUAUUCUUGUCAUCGAACAAGCUUGCCUCCCGAUGCCUCUCCCCGUCCUCUCCUCUCCUCCGACUACAACUUCUUGACAUCGCCGCAUGUACCUUGCCUGCUCUUCCAGGCACUUUUGCAUCUAGCUUCCCAAACCUCAAAGUAUUGAAUAUGAACUUCAAUUCCCUCACCGAAUUGGAGCCCUUGGUAGGCAUGAAUUGCCUUGCCAGAUUGACGAUGGUCGGUAACCGACUUGCAAGGAUGCGGCGCAUCUGCCAGAUUCUGAGCCGACUCGGAAGGACAGGACGUGGCAACCCGUGCUCACUUCGCAAGCUUGACAUCCGUGGCAACCCCUUGACGGUCGGAUUCUACCCUCCAGCUCUUACUGGAAACGGUACAAACUCAGAACGCAAGAAGUUGAAAGAUGAAGAAAAGGCAGUUACGCACCAGCGGGAUAACCGAAGGGAUCUUUCUGAUGCGCUGGCCGACCUUGACCACAAUGACCAGGUCGCCCACGCUGUCACCUGGGAUGAUAGUGUCAAGUCCGACCGAGAGAUCGAAAUUAACGAUCCCUUGACUCUACCCGCGGCAGAUGCCCAAGCAGACGAGAAAUAUCUUCAGCGCCUGGACCGUGCGACUCGACUCCGCCGCCGGGUUCUGGAGCUUCUUCUUUACGCUGGGACAAGCGGUUCUCUCCAGGUGAUGGAUGGGUUGGACCUCCGACCAGUCAUGGGCGAUGACUCGUCGGAUAUGGGUCAGGCGUGGAUUCGGCUUGAGGAACUUGGUGUGCUUCGAAGAAAGGCCAUUACCGAAAAGGCGUGA